CUGGCACCCGCCCCUGCACAUGCGCACUGCCUUUGUUUAGUUUCCAAUCUGAUCAGCUGUAGCAAUGCACAAGCUCAAAUCCUCCCAGAAAGAAAAGGUCAAGCAGUUUAUUUCCUUCACCCAAACGGGCGAGAAAACCGCAAUAUACUGUCUUGCUCAAAAUGACUGGAAACUCGAACUCGCCUCAGACAACUUCUUCCAAAAUCCCGAUUUAUACUACAGAGAACAGAGGCCGUCAGUCGACAAGAAAAAGCUAGAACACCUAUAUAACAGAUAUAAAGAUGCUAGUGAACCAAAUAAAAUCCUCGUCGAUGGGGUUAUGCGACUUUUGGAUGACCUCGAUCUCUCGCCAGAUUCCCGCCUUGUACUCAUCUUGGCAUGGAAGUUACGAGCUGCAACACAGUGCGAAUUCACUCGGGAUGAGUUUAUGAAUGGACUCACAGAGUUAGGAUGCGAUAGCAUAGAUAAACUCAAAGCAAAGCUUCCCACGCUGGAACAUGAACUAAGAGACACAGCAAAGUUUAAGGAUUUCUACCAAUUCACAUUCAACUAUGCACGGAAUCCAGGGCAGAAAGGGCUGGACCUAGACAUGGCCCUAGCUUAUUGGAAUAUUGUCCUUCAGGGGAGAUUCCGUUUACUUAAUCUGUGGUGUCAGUUCCUACAAGAACAUCACAAACGCUCCAUACCAAAGGAUACUUGGAACCUUCUACUGGACUUUGCAUUGAUGAUUAAUGAGGACAUGUCAAACUAUGACGAGGAAGGAGCAUGGCCCGUGCUAAUUGAUGAUUUUGUUGAGUAUGCAAGACCAAUCGUGACGGGACAGCCAACUCAAGUCUAGGGGACUAUCCUCUCCUUUCCUCGUCCUCCUGUUCCACCACCAAAAUCACGACCACCGCCAGCGCCACCAGUCCCUCCACCUCCACUUACACUUCAAUAUCAUGGACACCAUCACCACUCCCCUCUGUCACAGCUGUGACUCAAUCUGAUCAUCAGUGUUAUGGAAAGAAAAAUCACUUCUGUCAGCAUAAAUCUGGUACAUGAUGUCAAAAGGAAAAAAAUAUAUAUACAUACCUGUAUAUUUGGAUGUGCAUGCAGAUGCAAUUUUUUAAAAAUGGUAAGAUCAAGUUGGCUAUUGCAAGAAUCAGAAAGCACAGGGGUUUUUGCGACCCAGAGAAGUUCCAUGUCUCCAGAGCGGAUUGUUCUUAAGUUCACCAUCACAGGAUCCUUACUAUAUAAACAAACAAGACAUUGUUAUGCAGUGUUAGUUCUCAAACUUUACUGUUUUCUUUAUGCCAACAGUACUGUUGCAGAUUCCCCCUCUUCCCUUGACUUCUAUGGAAGCAUGCAAGUGCACUGGACUUGCAAUGUUAUGAAAAUUUUUAGUUCUUAAAAUUCUUUUGUAUUUGUUAACUUUGUCAUUAGGAUCAGUCUGUUUGAAGGUUUUUCUUUAAUUUUCUUUGUUUAGGGGUGCACAUAGAUGUUGGUCUAUUGUCAUCAUAACUUGAGUAAAAUUUUUAUAUGUACCUGAAAGUGAAUGUUCAGUACCUUUGAUUGUGAAAUAGCAUGUCAUUCAUCCCUUCACUGGACAAUAUAUACAGAAAUUGUUGCUAUAGAAUGCAUUAUGUAAUAGGUCCAUUACUUUUAUUUCCUUUUUAUAAACAACUUGAAGGUUAUUAUAAGGUAUGCCCAGUGAUGAAUGUGUUUUGUUAUUAUGCAUAUGAUUAUUAUUAUUAUUACUAUUAAUAUUUUAUUAUUUUAGCAGAUUUAUUUAUUUCGUAGCUAUUCUCUCUUGAGUUCACUCUUUCCAGGUAAAUAUCAAGUCAAUACUCCACAACAUAUGAGCUCAGUGCAUUGUUAUUUGCUUCCCCUGUGUUCUUUAUCUCCCAGCCUGUGUGCAGUUGAUCUAACAGGUUAAUACUGACUGUUCUGUAAUACUUUCUACACUUGUAAAUAAAAAAAAUUUUGAUUACUUGAA